CUUGCAGCCCUUACCAGUAACGCCAAACAUCUUUCCUUCGUCUAGAGCAUCUUCUCGCAUGCACUGCAGACGACUUUGGCCUCUUGGCCCCGAUCCAUUGCAGGACGGCGCAGUGGUGAAGGCGGAGUCCGCCCGAUCCAAGCAACCUAGGAGAAAUGAAAAUGAAAAAAACCGAAAAAAGAAUAGCAUUGCAUGUAAUUAUUUCAUCGAACAGAGGGGGACCAAGUUUGGCUCCAGUACACAUUCGCUACAUCUUUCAUUUGCCGAAUUGCGUCUACAAAGCAUUCGCGAGGCCCAGGACAUGCACGACGUUCAGCCCUGUCGCGGCAUGGGCCCCACCAUCGGCACAUCCACAAACGUUUCCCCGCUCCCCACUCAUGCUCAACUUUGCUAUAUGCAUCUGCAUGCUCCUGAGACUUGUAUUGACCUAGCCAUUAUCCUUGCCUUCGUAGUUUGCCUCUGCACCUCUAGGGAUUGGUCUACUGUGAGCGCCGACGGUGGCAAAGAAUAGACAAAGGCGCGGAGACGUGCACCAGCGGACUGCUGUAC